AUGGCAUGUUUUUAUAAGACAAAUCAAACAAGGUUUAUUAGGGUUGUAAAAUCAGAUGUGUCAGUGAGUAUCCUGAACUUACUGCCAGCAUUAUUUUGAGAGGGUAGCUAACGCUUGUGAAACUGAGAUAUGAUCUUAUUGGGUGGGCCUCUGGGCUCUUGAGUUUCUCUUAUAACUUAUUAGUUUAUGUAAAUAAUAAUAUUAUUAUACUCACAUUUGUCAAAAAGAGUGGGUAAUUAUAACAAAAUGACCUAGAGGUAAUGUUUUGUGAUAUACCUUCCAGGUUCAAGCUGGCUUCAACCAAGAAAAUGACUGUUAUGAAAUUCGCACUUUAUCAGGAUACAACAAGAGUACCCAGGUAUUCAUAAACUAUGGUCCCCAUGACAACCAAAAGUUGCUUAUGGAAUAUGGCUUCAUUCUACCCAAAAACAUGCACAAUACAGUGCCAUUCUCAAAAGAUUUAGUAUUCUCGCUUGUGAUGCCUGAAAUGUGUGGAAUUUCACAAAGGAAGAGGGAAUUAAUUUCAUGUAACCAACUGGAUAAGGACCUCUGCUGUUCUGAGGAAAAUGGCUUGUCUUGGAGUGCCCUAGUUUUGUUAAGAAUUCUUGCAAUGGAUGAAGAUAACUUCAAAAAAGACUGGCAUAGAGUUCUGACUGGAGAGAGUCUUGGCAAAGAAGUAGAGUUGAGAGUAUCGCAUUGGAUUAAAUGCUUAAUUGAAAGUGUGUUACAGUCUUAUCAGGAAGCUGACAAAGGCAUUGCUGCCCAUUUAAUGAGUCAUAAUAAUUUGUCAGUCAAUAUGCGACUUGCAUUGCAGUUGCAGUACCAAGAAAAACAGUUUUUGGAAAAUGCAUUACAGAUGGUGAAACUUUCUUGA